AAAUAGUCAAUGGUGUUUCAUUCCUUCACAUUGAGAGAGAGAGAGAGAGAGAGAGAGAGAGAGAUGUUGGAAGGCAAAGCGGUGGUAGAGGACUCAGACAUGCCGGUGAAGAUGCAGAUGCAGGCCAUGGCCGCAGCUUCUCAAGCUCUGGAUCUCUAUGAUGUUCUUGAUUGCAUCUCAAUUGCUGCCCACAUUAAGAAGGAUUUUGACGAGAGACAUGGGAGCGGAUGGCAAUGUGUGGUUGGCUUCAAUUUCGGGUGUUUCUUCACUCAUACUCAAGGAACCUUCAUCUACUUCACCCUUCAGGCUCUCACUUUUCUCAUCUUCAAAGCCAAAGGGGGACUUCCAUCUAGCUAAUUCUUCAACACCACCCCCAAGUCUUAUUCUGUAUCUACGCUCUGUUCAUGAUCAUGCUGCUCCUCUCUAGUCUAUUUUGGUCCUAUUCCUCAUUAAUAUUGAUUACAGCAGAUGAAUUAGAAAGAUAAAAUAUCCAAAUACAUUGUAUUACCGCA